AUGAAGCUGCUUGUUUUAGUUGGUCUGUUGACCGUAGGGUGUCAUGGGCUUACCACAAAGCGGCAAAGGAGGUUUCCUGGCGAUUUUAUGUUCGGCGCAGCCACCGCCUCUUACCAAAUAGAAGGUGGUUGGAAUGCAGACGACAAGAGCGAGAACAUCUGGGACCACAUGACCCACACCAACCCCACCGUGAUCAAGGACCAGAGCAAUGGCGACAUCGCUGCCGACACCUACCACAACUACAAGCGCGAUGUCGAGAUGAUGCGCGAGCUCGGCCUGGACGCGUACCGUUUCUCCCUCUCCUGGUCCAGGAUCCUGCCUGACGGCUUCUCCAAUAAGAUCAGCGAAGCGGGCGUCACUUUUUACAACAACUACAUUGAUGAAAUGCUGAAGUACGGUAUCACGCCAAUGAUAACCCUCUACCACUGGGAUCUGCCAAAGAAACUCCAAGACUUGGGCGGCUUCCUCAACCCCCUACUCCCGGAGUGGUUCGAGGAUUACGCUAGGGUAGCCUACGAGCAGUUCGGCGAUAGAGUGAAGCAUUGGAUCACCUUCAACGAGCCGAAAGAGGUCUGUUACCAGGGCUACGAUUCCGAUACAAAAGCGCCGAUUCUGAACGCAACCGGCAUUGGAGCUUAUCUCUGUGCUAAGCAUUUGGUGUUGGCCCACGCUAGAGCGUACAACGCAUACAAAAACGACUACGCCGGGGAAGAUGGUGUGUGCGGGAUCACGUAUGCCGUUACGUGGAUGGCGCCGCAGACAGAUUCCCAGGAAGAUGAGUUCGCAGCCGAUCUGAAGAAACAGGCCGAUUGGGGCCUUUACUCCGAGCCAAUUUUCUCCGAGGAGGGCGGUUUCCCGAAGGACCUUAAGAAGCUGGUCGAUCAGAAGAGCGCUGAACAAGGCUACUCCAGGUCUCGAAUGCCGGAGUUCACCGACGAGGAGAGGGACUUCGUCAAGGGCUCUGCAGACUUCUUCGGGAUAAAUCAUUACACAGCCAAGUUAAUUUCCGCGACGGAAAAUCUGGAGGAACACCCAGUGCCGUCUGUGUACGGCGAUAUCAAUGUGGGAACGACUGUUGCGGAGGACUGGCCUGCAGCCGCGUCAUCUUGGCUGAAGCAAGCACCCGACAGCCUCCUAAGCGUCCUAUUGGACAUUAAGGACAAGUACAAUAACCCAAUGGUCUACAUAACGGAAAACGGAUGGUCCACCACUCCAGACGCUGGGCUUAUAGACGACGACAGGGUCCAAUACUACAGGGCGGCGUUAGAGAACGUUCUGGAUGCCUUGGAGGCUGGCGUGAACCUCAAGGGCUACAUGGCGUGGAGUCUCAUGGACAACUUCGAAUGGAUGGAGGGAUACACGGAACGAUUCGGCCUGUACGAAGUGGACUUUGAAGACCCGGCGCGUACCCGUACACCCAGAAAGUCGGCUUUCGUCUACAAGCAGAUCUUGAAAACGCGCGCUAUCGACCACGACUACGAGCCUGACUCCAUGACCAUGACUAUAGACGACGGCUAU